AUGACCCAAAUAAAUGAAUUAAAAGCAAAAUGCGAAAAACAAAAACAACUUCUGAAGGGUAACGAAAGUGAAAUAAGCAAAAAUAUAGAAAAAAUAGACAUACUCGAAAACGAAUUGAAGUCACUACGAGAAACUCAUAAAACACUGGAAUUGCAAAGUCAAGAGAAUGCGAAAAAAUCUAGCGAAUAUAAGAUAAAAUUAAAAAACGCGAUAUCUGUCAUCCAAGAGCUGAAUAAAGUAUUAAUAGAAUGUACGAAAAAGCCGGAAGUGACCAAUUGUAGCACACAAACUGACCAUUUCAAAUCCGAACAUGCCAUGCUGCAACACAAGCCUGUGAAGUCGACAGUUUCUAUGUAUCCUAUGGAAGAUAGAACCUUGGAAAAAGAAAAUAUUUUGUUGGCCGACAUAUUUUUCAGACCAAAACCUUUUGUGGAAAGUGAACUGUUCUCGAUGGGGGAUGGAUUCUCGCAAUGUCUGGAGAGAUUAUUGUGA